AUGGACGGGCCGGGCUGGGCCGCGGAGCCCAGCGGAGGGGCGGACGAUGGGGCGGACGAUGGGGCGGAUGGGCUCCGCUGGCCCCGGCCCCCCGAGGAGGGCACAGAGCUCCCGGCAGAGCCGCGGUGCGAGACACCCCCGGCCGGCCCGCAGCCGAUCCUCGCGGGCCUGCCCACCCUCCUGGCCUACAGACCCGAGUCCGCACAGGCAAACGUACAACACGAGGCAGAGGAGGAUGCUGAGCCAACAUGCGAGUACUGUGGCAACCUGCUGAGGCCGUUCCCUUUCUCCGAGGACGUCCCUCUCUCCGAGGACCAGGAAGACAGAUUCUGCUGCGAGCGCAGCCAAGAGCUCUACGAGUUCAUCAGGAAUGAGAGGAAGAGGCUCGAGGAUGUCAGCAGCCUUCCCAGAGCUGUCAGUACCCAUGAAUCCCUCGGCUCUGAAGCCAACCUGCUGCUGUCAAAGGAGCAAGAGAACUGGAGGCAGCAGAAGAGACACCUGGCUAGAGAGUUGGCUGAGCAGUCUUUAAAGCCGAGUGCCACUAAAGGUGGGACACCAGAGCCUGUUCCAAGUGCAGCUGAGCCCAAGCCCGAGCUGGAGCCCCGGCCCCAGGAGGAGCCCGAGCCCGAGCCCGAGUCCUGGCCCGAGGAGGAGCCUGGGCCCGAGCCCGAACCCUGGCUCGAGGAGGAGCCAGAGCCCCAGCCCCAAGAGGAGCCCAGGCCCAAGCCCGAGUCCCAGCCUGAGGAGGAGCCUGAGCCUGAGCACGAGGAGGAGCCUGUGGCCUUCGGUGACCUUGGCUAUGAUUUCAGUCUUCUGGGGAAGAAGGUGGGGAAGGGUAAAUUGGUGCAGAAGUACUACAAAAAUGGAAAGAAAUUCCUUACCAUGCUCCCAGACGGAACCUCGCAGUUAUUCUAUCCAUCUGGAAACCUGGCCAUCAUCAUUACACGACAGAGAGACCAGCUGAUUUGCAUAGUACAGGAAGACGAGCGGAGGACAGCCAAAAUCCGAGCACUGUUUCAGUCUGAUGGCAGGAGCACAUGCUAUUACCCAAACGGAGAUGAGUGGAUAAAUAUGAGUAUCCAGGGUGGGCAGUAUUUGGACCAAGCAGGCAACAGGGCAAGAAGGUGGAUGUGGCCAAACUUGUUGCCAGGACCUCACGUCCCACUGAGCCCCAUUUUCAUCUCCCUGAACCGCCACGUGGGAGUCCGGAUCCUGGCCCAGGACAAGAUCUUCAUCUCCUUCCUCGCCAUGGGGCGACAAGCAAAAUUCAACAUGGGAACCAAAGUGCAGGUCGGCACCGCCAGCCAGCCGCUUCCACCAGCCCAGCUGGGUGAGGACGAGCUCCUGCUGCUUGCCUUCCGGGUGAGGAUCCUGCAGCUCUUCGACAGGAUGCGGGGAUGCCUCAACUUCCCUUCCAGUGUGCAGUGGAACAAAAUGCAGCCUCCCAUGUACCUCAUGACCCAGGCUGUGAAGAUCUUGGAGCUCUGCAUGGCUGCUGACAUAAGUGAUGAGCUGCGCAGCUCCAUCAAGGCGAUAAUAAAUGCACAGGAGCUUUGA